AUGUUGGUAGCGCUUGGUACUCAGCAGGGGGUCAGAUCAGAGCCCCACUUGGGCCCCGUUCAUCCAGACACGUUCACAAACUUUUCUGGGCCCCGUUUCCCUUCCAGAAAAGGGGUGAGUGAGUGCCACCAGAGGAGGGCUGCCCGGCCUGAAGGAAGCCACCCUCGGUCUCCACCCGGUCCCCGGGGAGUGGCCAGGGCCAGAGCCGGGGCUGUCGGGGAGAAGGCUGCAGAGACGAGGUUCGGCCCCAGCAGGGCCCCGUGGGCCAGACCAUUGCACCCAGAGCUCACAGAGGGUGAGAGUUGCUCUCCCAGGGGUGACGGUGCUCAAGCGAUAGACAUUUCAGUGUCUUUGAAUUGCCAGUAUGUUUUUUUAGCCUUAGCCACAGUGCCAGCUGGUGCUAUUGCUGGGAGUAUGCAUGAAUGUGACCACUGA